AUUUUUCCGUCGGGGUUGGGUCACCUUCGAUCGCAGUGUGAACAUCAAAGAGAUUUGUUGGAGCCUCCAGAACAUCAGGCUGAGAGAAUGCGAACUCAGCCCUGGAGUUAACAGAGAUUUAACUCGUCGCGUCCGGAACGUUUCGGGUUUAACCCAACACAGAACCGUGGUCAGACACGACAUCAAACUCGCUGCCAGGCUGGUCCAGGCCCUGGAUGCAAGGGCACAGCUUUGGGGGGACCCUCAUGGACCACCCCAAACUGGGGACAACCCCCAGGACCCCAAUUCUGCUCCUACUGCCACUGCUGGCGCCCAGAACCCAGUGCUGAGACACAUCACGGAUUAUCUGAUCGAGGAGGUCAACGCGGAGGAGGAAGAACUGCUUGGCCAAGGGCAAGGCCAAGGGCAAGGGCAAGGGCAAGGUCAACAAGGUCCCGAAGAUGUGGCCAGAGAGACCAAUCCUGCCGAGAUCACCGUGGAGAGGGACGAGAAGCUCCUCAAGGUCUUGGAUCGUCUUCUCCUCUACCUUCGCAUCGUUCACUCCGUGGAUUAUUACAACACCUCUGAGUACCCCAACGAGGACGAGAUGCCCAACAGAUGUGGCAUCAUCCACGUCAGAGGACCUUUGCCACCCAACAGGGUGUCCCAUGGGGAAGUUCUGGAGUGGCAGAGAGGGUUUGAGGCUCGACUGUCGCCACUCUUGGCCGGGCCUGGAGCUGUCCCCGAGGAGGAAGCUCAAAGGUUGGGUAGGAAGGACCCCGAGGUGGAGUUGGAGAAGUUUGUCACAGCCAACACUCAAGAGUUGGGCAAGGACAAGUGGCUGUGUCCUCUCAGCGGGAAGAAGUUCAAGGGCCCCGAAUUCGUACGCAAACACAUCUUCAACAAACACGGCGACAAGAUGGGAGCAGUGAGGAAGGAGGUUCUGUUCUUCAACAACUUCCUCAUGGACCCCAAGAGACCUUCUCUACCUGAGGGCAAGGGGGGACCUCCCCCUGGGGGCAACCAAG